UGAUACCGGGGAGCAAUAAUUCAGGUCGUGUGUAACCCUUAUGGUGUUCUGUGUGUCGGUGUCUUUACUAAAAUAAGUCAGCUAAAGCGGCUCUAACACAAACGGACUAUAUAGCCAUCCAAGUCAUGGCCUACUUUGACUUCAUAAAACAGACAAGAACUCCAAAAGAAAAGUUACAUGAUGCUGUGAAAGAAAAUAAUACCGAUGAGCUACAACAAUUACUGGAUGAAGGUAUCGAUCCAAACACAGCUCUUCGCAAAUAUGGGGAUAACACACCGAUACAGUUAGCGGCAAUUUUAGGCUAUUAUCGUUGUGUGGAAGUGUUGAUUAAAGCCGGUGGAAACUGUGACCAGCUGAAUGCUUUUGAGAUCAGCCCUCUCUUCAAUGCGGCGCGAAGGGACCAUGUUUUAACAAUGAAGAUGAUUCUCAAACAUAGCCGGGCUUGUUGUGGUCUGGAUACGCUUUGGUAUGAUGGAAGAUGGAGAGAAUAUUUACAUAAUUCUGCGUCAGAUUCAGUGCUGUCAUGUUUAAUUCUUGCAACUCCAGAUUUAAACCAAAUGAGAGAAAAUUUAACAAGCAAUAUUUUGUGUCGGUGUUUUCAGAGAAACUAUUUUCAAAGUAUUUUUGCUUUCUUUGCCGGUGGUUAUAAUGUAGACCUUCCGACUUAUCGGGAAAAAGUGAAAAAAUCAAUGGAAAAAAAUAUAAAUGCUAAUUUAACAAAUGAAAAAUCUGAAAACAAACUGUUGUUAAAGAUUGACUCUCUUGUAAAUUCUAAAAAUCCUCUGCCUUUGCAGGCCAUUUGCAGACUAGCAGUGAGAAGAACUUUUUACAAAAACUGCAAUGUGUUUUAUGGAAUGGAGAAAGUAGUUCUUCCAAGUUCUCUGAAAGAGUUUAUUGUUUUCAACGGAGAGUUGAUAAUAGACAGUUGAGUAAUACUUCGGAAAAGCAAAAGCUAAAAGAUUCUUGGUGACAAUAUAUAUAAAAAGUAGAACUUUUAGGCGUCUGCCCUCAAACUUGGAACCCAUGAUUAUUUAUUAAGCAUGUCAAGUCUGUGACUCUACCAGGCUCUUCCUGAUUCUUGACCUUUAAGAAAGGGACUUACUCAUGUUUUGUCACCAAAUGUUGUUUUUUUCCUGUAAUACAUCUGAAAACACUUAUAAAUACACUAAAAGCAUAAAAUAUAUUUUGGUUUUAGUGGGGUGGGAACACACAGUACAGUCAAGGUAAAUUAAUAAACAUACAACGAAACCUCACGCCCACAAGGGCACAUACACAAGGGGAAAACUUACACUUUUAAGGCUUCAAGCUUUUUAUUUAAAAGGUUACUUACGCUAUUCAAAAUUGUUGACUUAAAUGACAAUAUUUGAGCAUAAGUUAACUUUUGUUGAAGGUUUCCAGCCAUCAGAAUCUUAGUUUUAACACCUAAUGAUUUGCCACACAUUAUUUCUUCAUAAGAAAAAAUAUGCAUUUUACAGAAAUAUGAGCAAGCCCCUUUAAGGGAAAUUAUUAGGCCCUUAAGCCUGUUUUUCUCUUUUUAUGUCUCCAAUCUGGAUUGGCAUAUUAAAGCAUAUGGUUUUAAAUUUAAUUAGUAAACAUUCUCAAGAGAAAACUUCCUUGAGUAUAAAGAGAAAACUUAAAAUUAACCACAAUCAUUAUCAAUUAGAAAGGCGUUAUUUUGAAGUAAAAUUUCCUUUUAGAAGUUUACAAGUUGUCAUCAAGGAACAUAAUGUUAUAUGACCUCACAAAACAAUGAAACAUAAAGCAGGUAAGGGGAGAAUGAAUGACUGCAUUAAGUUUUUCUUUAAAUUCAGAUUAUUACUAGAGCAGUUACUUGUUCAUGUGGUCACCCCUCGAAUUAUGUCACAUAAUAAUUGUGUAAGCAACAUUAAAUGAAAUAAAAAAAAUGAUGGUGAAAACUGUAGAACAAAAUCUGCAUGUAAACUUUACGCACACACAUGGUUAUAUUUAUAAUUAUUAUGCCCCCCUUCGAAGAAGAGGGGUAUAUUGCUUUGCACAGGCAUGUCGGUCGGUCGGUAGACCAAAGCUUGUCCGAGUGAUAACUCAACAAUUCCUGGACGUAUGGUCAUCAAACUUGACAUGAAAGUUGGGCUUGACCAGUAGAUGACCCCUAUUGAUUUUAGGGCUAAUCGGGUCAAAGGUCAAGGUCACAGUGACCUUUAAUGGUAAAAUAAUUUUAAAGCUUGUCCGAGUGAUAACUCAACAAUGCCUAGACCUAUGGUCAUCUAACUUGAUAUGGAAGUUGGGCCUGACCAUUAGAUGACCCCUAUUGUUUUUGGGGGUCAUCGGGCCAAGCCAAAGGUCAAGGUCACAGUGACCUUGAAUGGUAAAAGGAUGUCCGAGUGAUAACUCGACAAUGCCUGCACCCUUGGCCCUCAUCAUUGACUUGGAGGUUGGACCUGACCAGUAGCUGACCCCUAUAGUUUUUGGGGCUCAUCGGGUCAAAGAUCAAGGUCAUAGUGACAUUGAAUGGUAAAAGGUUGUCCGAGUGAUAACUCAACAAUGCCUGCACCCAUGGCCCUCAUAAUUGACUUGGAGGUUGGGCCUGAACAGUAGAUGAACCCUAUUGUUUUUGGGGGUCAUCGGGCCAAAGGUCAAGGUCACAGUGACCUUUAAUGGUAAAAGGUUGUCCAUGUGAUAACUCGACAAUGCGUACACCCAUGGCCCUCAAACUUGACUUGGAGGUUGGGCCUGACCAGUAGAUGACCCCUAUUGUUUUUGAAGGUCAUCAGGCCAAAGGUCAAGGUCACAGUGACCUUGAAUGGUAAAAGGUUGUCCGUGUCAUUACUCGACAAUGCCUGCACCUAUGGCCCUCAAACUAAACUUGGAGGUUGGGCCUGACCAGUAGAUGAUCCCUAUUGUUUUUGGGGGUCAUCGGGCCAAAGUUCAAGGUCACAGUGACCUUGAUUGGUAAAAGGUUGUCUGAGUGAUAACUCGACAAUGCCUGCACCCACGGCCAUCAAACUUGAAUUGGAGGUUGGGCCUGACCAGUAGAUGGCCCCUAUUGAUUUUAGGGGUCAUUGGGCCAAAGGUCAAGGUAACAGUGACUUUGAACGAUAAAAGGUUGCCCGUGUGAUAACUCAACAAUGCCUGUGCCCAUGGCCCUCAAACUUGACUUGGAGGUUGGGCCUGACCAGUAGAUGACCCGUAUUGAUUUAAGGGGUCAGAGGUCAAGGUCAAAGUGCCCUUGAAAGCAAACUCGACAAUUCCUGGACCUUUGGUCAUCAAACUUGACAUGAAGGUUGGGCCUGACCAAUAGAUGACCCCUCUUGUCUUUGGGGGUCAUCAGGCCAAGGUCAAGGUCAUAGUAACCUUUAACGCAAAAAAGUUAACAAAUCUUCUCCCAGUGAUAUCUCAACAAUGCCUGAAUCUAUGAUCAUCAAACUUGACAUGUAAGUUAGGCCUGAGCAGGAGAUGACCCUUAUUGAUUUUAGGAGUCAUUGGGUCAAAGGUCAGGUUCACAGUGACCUUGAAUGCGAAAAUGUUUCAAGCGAUAAUUGGACAAUGCCUGCACCCAUGGCCCUCAAACUUGACUUGGAGUUGUGUCUGACCUGAAGAUGACCCCUUAUGAUUUAAGGGGUCAUUGAAUCAAAGGUCAAGGUUACAGUGACCUUGAACGAAAAAUGCUUGUCUGUGUGAUAACUUGUCAAUGCCUGCACCCAUGGCCCUCAAACUUAACAUUUAGAUUUUUGGUGACCAGCUGAUGACUACUAUGGAUUUUGAGGUCAUAGAGUCAAAGGUCAUGGUCAUAACACACUCUAUCCUCAAACUUUGUAUGGUCAUAAUCUUAAAACUGCCUCAAAGGCAUACAAUGUUAGCGACAAAUCAGCUGUCAUUUCGGUCCAUGCAUAUUUCAUUCAAUUGUCCAUAUAAUCCUGACAACAUGGCGCUCAGGGGGGGCAUAAUGUUUGACAAACAUCUCUUGUUUAAUAUAAAUUGAAUAUGCAUUUUUAAAAUGUUUGCAACAUUAAUGUUCAUGUAUUGAAAAGCUCUGACUCGAGACUUCAUUGAACAUGGGUUCUAGAUGAUAGUACAACUCAUCCCUCUUCCAUGAUAAAAAGGUCAUUUCAGCCAAAGUUGUGAUGUAUUGAAAACAUUGUUUCUUUUGCUCACAUAAGAAGAAAUAUACCGGGUUAACCUGUAGAUGAAAGUUUAUGUGACCAUUUUUAAACUUUGUACAUUCUUUGCAAUAUUCUGGCAUUCAUUUGUAUACAAGUGUGUAUUUAAAAACAUUCCAUUUAAUUGUACAAAUAAAUGUUUUGAUUGAUUAUCUUAUUAAAUUCAAGUAUUUGGCA